AUGUCGGAGCAGACACCGCCAGAAGCUGGCCCGGCCACAGCCCCCGCCCAAGACGGUCAAAACUCACGGCACGAUGGACACAACGAGGAUGAGCAUUCGAAUAAGACCAGCGCCACUACACUCCCUAAAUUCAACGACGAGGAAUGGACGUACGAGAAGCAACUGAAGGCGGCGUUGGAAUCGAGAGGUCUCGACGCUGGAUCCGGCCUGUCGCUGAUCUGGGACCACCUCUCUCUUCGCGGUGUUGGCGGAGCGGAGGACGUGCGCUUCGCGUCCGACUUUGGCUCGAUGCUAAUGCCGUGGUUAGCGUGGUCGGCGCGCAAGCGCUCGAAGGCUCUCAACCGAGUUUCUAACUCGCACGACCGCUCCAUGCAUUGGAACAAGGGUGACCCAGUACCGAAGCGCGGCGAGCCGGGACUGCGAAAAGGUGAGCGGUACCUACUGAAGGACUUCAGUGGCGCUCUCCUGCCCGGCGAGAUGAUGCUCGUCCUCGGACGGCCGGGGAGCGGGUGCUCUGCAUUCCUCAAGACGCUCGCAGGACAGACAGCAGCGUACGCCGGCGUUGAGGGCGCAGUGCACUACGGCGAUGUCGUCCCGGGAUCGGCUGAGGCGCGCCGCAUGGCUGCCGAGAUCAUCUACGUUGGUGAGGAGGAGGACCACGACCCAAACCUGCUAGUGGGGCAGACAAUGGACUUCGCCGCGCGCAUGAAUGUGCCCGCCAAGGCUGCGCGACCGCUCGACGCCGCGGGCGAGCCAGUCCCAGCCGCCGACUUCGAGGAGGACAACAAGCAGCAUCUCCUUCGCGCGCUCCGCGUGCAGCAAACCCAUGACACGAAGGUCGGCAACCAAUACGUGCGAGGCGUAUCCGGAGGCGAGCGCAAACGCAUCACGCUCCUCGAGGCGAUGACGGGUCCGACACAGAUGAUGUUCUGGGAUAAUCCAACCCGUGGCCUGGAUGCCAACACUGCUGUGCUCUUCACAAAGUUGUGCCGCGAGGCAAGCGACGUCGCGAACCGUAUCAAUGUCAUGACGCUGUACCAGGCUGGAAACGGGAUCUAUGAGCAGUUCGACAAGGUUUGCGUCAUUGCUGAGGGGCAGGUGAUCUACUUCGGCCCUCGUGCGCAGGCUCGAGCGUACUUUGAGAGUAUGGGCUUUGUGCACGCCGAAGGUGCCAACACGGCCGACUACCUCACUGCAGUGACGGCGCUGAACGAACGUCAAGUCGCACCAGGCUUUGAGGGUAAAGUGCCCAACACGGCCGCUGAGUUCGCCACCGCGUACCGCGCGUCCGACACGUACCGCGCCAUGCGGGGGCAGGUCGACGCCCUGCUCGCCGAUCAGGAAACGCGGCGCACUGAGACGGAGGCAGUUGAGCGCACCGUCGCAGCGCAGAAAGCUCGACACGCGUUCCAGGCGCUCCCGCAGCGUCGGUCGUACCUCGCCCAAGCGAGAGCGACAGUCAUCAAGGACUGGCAGCAACGCUGGGGGGACCAAUGGUCGUUCUGGGCGCGCAUGGUGACUACCUUCGUCCAGGCGUGGAUCGUCGGAAGCGUCUAUUACAACGUCCCAGACACGACCUCAGGCCUGUAUCUCCGCGGCGGUGUGCUGUUCGUGACGAUCUUCUACCCCGUCGUUCUUGGACUUUCGGAACUUCACGCCGCUUUCCAGGACCGUGGUGUCUUGGCAAAGCACAAGAGCUACAACCUCUAUCGCGCCAGUACCGUAAUCCUCGCCAAGGCGAUUGUUGACGCCCCCAUCUAUGCUGUCCAGAACAUCGUCUACGUCGCAAUCUGUUACUGGAUGGCGGGUCUGCGUGCGAACGCCGGCUUCUUCUUCACCUGCUUCCUCUUCACUUGGCUCGUGACAAUGGUGUUCUCGACUCUGUUCCGCUCAGUCGGCUAUGCGUUCAACGACAAGGUCGCCGGUACCAUCUUCAUCUUCUUCGUGGUGUACGGCGGCUUCGUCAUCUACGUGCCCAGCAUGAAGCCGUGGUUCGGCUGGAUUCGCUGGAUUAACCCGCUGUACUACACCUUUGAGGCUGUCAUCAGCAACGAGCUCACGAACAUGGACCUGGCUUGCGCGCCGCCAGAGCUGGCGCCGUACGGCCCACCCUACGCGGGUAUGCCGCAGGGCUGCUCCGUCGUUGGUAACGUCCCCGGUUCGACGACUGUCAGCGGUACGGCCUACCUCCGCACCGCUCUGCACAUGAACCGUGACCAUGUGUGGCGCAACUUUGGCAUCAUCAUUGCGCUUUGGAUUGCAAUCGCUGCGCUCGGCAUGUUCUUCCUCGAGAUCCUCCCCGCGUCCGGAUCUAAGCAGAACGUCAACUUGUACAAGCGCUCUGGCGGACCGUACGCCAGCAAGAAGACGCCUCCUGCGGAUGAGGAAGCAGGCGUUGUCGAGAAGGCACCUAGUAAGGCGAGCCAGGUGUCAUCGACAGCGGGACAGCUCGGCGCGGAAGGCAAGCAGACGACAUUCACAUGGAGCGACGUGUGCUACUCGGUGAAGACUCGCUCAGGUUCUGACCUGCAACUCCUCGAUCACGUGUCCGGCUACUGUCGCGCGGGCACGAUCACUGCGCUGAUGGGCUCGAGUGGUGCCGGCAAGACGACGUUGAUGGACGUUCUCGCUGCGCGCAAAUCGGAUGGCGUCAUUGAGGGCACAGUGAAGCUGAACGGUCAGAGCCUGCCCGUCUCCUUUCAGCGCACGACCGGUUACUGCGAGCAGCUGGACGUGCACUUGCCUCAGGCCACCGUGCGCGAGGCGCUCGAGUUCAGUGCGCUUCUGCGCCAGCCGCGCCGCUUCACGAACGCCGAGAAGUUGGCAUAUGUCGAUGUCAUUGUGGAUCUACUCGAGCUCGGAGAUAUCGCCGACGCAAUCAUUGGCGAGCCAGGCAAGGGCCUUGGUGUGGAGGAGCGCCGCCGGCUGAGUAUCGGCGUCGAGCUCGUGAGCCGUCCCUCGCUCCUCUUCCUCGACGAACCGACCAGUGGGCUCGACGGACAGAGCGCCUUCGUUGUUGUCGGAUUCCUGAAGAAACUCGCCGCCGCCGGACAGGCGAUCCUGUGCACGAUCCACCAGCCGAGUGCGGUGCUGUUCCGCGAGUUUGACCAGCUGCUACUCAUGAUCCGUGGCGGACGCACCGUAUACUUUGGCGACGUUGCUAAGCUUCCGGACUACUUCCGCUCGAAGGGAGUCGCAUGGCCGGAAGAAAAGAACCCUGCAGAGGAGAUGAUCGACAUUGUGUCCGGCGACGAGAGCAUGGGAAGGGACUGGGCGGCUGUGUGGCUCCAGUCUGAGGAGCGACAGAAGAUGCUGGCCGAUAUUGAGGAAAUCAAUGCGACAGUGCGCCCCGCUGGAGACGAGGAGGAUGGGUAUGAGUUUGCCGCGACGACCUGGACGCAGCUGCGCGUUGUGACACGGCGCGCGUGCAUCCAGAUCUACAGGAAUACGGACUACACACGAAACAAGAUGGUAUUACACGCUGCCACGGGCUUGAUCUCGGGCUUUUCGUGGUUCAAGAUCGGCAACUCGCUUGCGGACCUUCAGAAUCGCAUGUUCUCCCUGCUCAUGUUCGUCUUCAUUGCGCCUGGUGUCAUGGUGCAAACUCAGCCCAAGUUCAUCAAGAACAGAGACAUCUUUGAAGCUCGUGAACGCAAAUCUAAGAGCUACUGUUGGCAAGUGUUCUGCUUUGCGGAGAUCUUCGCCGAGAUCCCGUACCUCCUGCUCUGCGCUUUCCUCUACUUCGUUUGCUGGUACUUCCCGUCUGGACUCGACCUGUCUGCGGGCGUUGCUGGCCCAGUCUAUCUCCAGAUGACGUUCUACGAAUUCCUUUACACUGGGAUGGGCCAGUUCAUCGCCGCUUACGCACCGAACCCAACCUUCGCCGCUGAAGUGCUCCCUUUGUUCUUCGGCAUUCUCAUUGCGUUCACGGGCAUCCUCGUGCCGUACCCGAUGCUUCCGGCAUUCUGGCGAUACUGGAUGUACUACCUCGACCCGUUCCAGUACCUGAUGCAAGGCCUAUUGACGUUCCCACUCUGGAAUGCACCGGUCGAGUGCAAGCCGCACGAGUUCGGACUAUUCGACCCGCCGCCCGGUCUCACGUGCGGCAAGUACCUCGCGCCCUUCCUGACGUACGCAACGGGAUAUGUCAACAAUCCGGACGCGACCGCCGCAUGCGAAUACUGCGCCUACGCUAAGGGUUCCGAGUAUCUCGGCAACAUGAACAUCAAACGCAAAAUCGACGGGUGGAAGGGUAUUCUCAUUACUCUGUUGUUCUGUUUCUCGUCUUACGGGCUCGUGUUCCUCCUCCUGAAACUCAGGAGUCGCAAGACCAAGACCGCGAAGUCGUGA